UACAGGAAUGUGGCGACCGCAUUACGUCACUUGUCCUGCCAGCAAGCGAGAGAAGCAGCUCCGUCCACCAGGAAUUUGGUCUUUGUAUUUGUGCGUAGCUUUAAAGGGGGGAAUUAGUGAUUUUCCUGCUGAUGUAUUCAGAGCUGAGUGGAGGUCUGGGAUGUAAACGAGAGGCGGCUCAUGACAGCUCCGCUGCUGCAGAAUGAGAAGCUUGUAGAAGGAGCACAAAUCUCGACGACGCUCUCGGUAGAGUCGAUGGAGGAACCAGAAAAUAAUUGUUACUGUGCGGGCUGUGGAGGAAAAAUUCAAGACUCAUUCCAGAUGAAGGUCCUCCAGGAUACCUGGCACAACGCCUGCUUUCAAUGCUCCGUCUGCUCUGACAACCUCACUAACUGGUACUUUGAGAAGGAUGGCAAGCUGUACUGUCAGAAACACUACUGGGAGAAGUUUGGGGAGCUCUGUCACGGCUGUUCGCUGCUCAUGACAGGACCUGCCAUGGUGGCUGGAGAACACAAGUACCACCCUGAGUGUUUUGUGUGUCUGAGCUGCAAGGUCGUCAUUGAGGACCGGGACACAUACGCCUUAGUCGAGAGGUCCAAACUCUAUUGUGGAAAGUGCUACAAGCAGGUAGUCCUCACCCCCAUGUUGGAGAAACGCUCACACGACUCGAUAUUAGACUCCCUGCCGCACACAGUGACGCUCAUCUCGAUGCCGUCGGCAGCUAACGGGAAGAGGGGUUUCUCUGUGUCCGUACUGAGGGACGUGAACGGCUCGGCUAGCGUUCAAGUCAAAGAGGUCAGAGGGAUGCUCAUCAGUCCGGAGGUGCGAAGUGCUAUCCACGUUGGAGACAGAAUCCUGGAGAUCAAUGGACUUCCUGUUGGGACGCUGAUGGAGAAGGAGGUGUACGAUCUGAUCCACCGCACCAGUCACACGCUGCAGCUACUGAUAGAGUACGACCCAGUGAGGCAGCGUCUAGAUCGGCUCCGUCUGGGCUCGCCUAGGAACCAGAUGGGCGUCCCGGCCACGUCCCGCAUGCGUCUGUCCUCGCCGUCCGACACAGUCCUCGAGAGGACAGACGAAGUUGACGAUGGCAUGCUGAAAAGGAGAUCUAUGAAGCGCAGUAACAGCAUAUGCAAGUCCCCGAACUCCCUAAAAGAGACGCCGAUAAUCACGAGAGACAUUGGUCGCUCUGAAUCCCUCAGGUCCUCCAGCAGCUGCUCUCAUCGCAUUUUCCGACCCUGUGAUCUUAUCCAUGGAGAAGUCCUAGGGAAGGGCUUUUUUGGACAGGCCAUCAAGGUGACUCACAAAGCCACUGGAGAGGUGAUGGUGAUGAAGGAGCUGAUCCGUUGUGAUGAGGAGACACAGAAAACUUUUCUAAAGGAGGUCAAGGUAAUGAGAAGCCUCGACCAUCCACACGUACUGAGGUUCAUUGGUGUGCUGUACAAAGACAAGAGGCUGAAUCUGAUCACAGAGUUUAUUGAAGGAGGAACGCUGAAGGACUUCAUCAGAGACAUGGACAUGUUUCCUUGGCAACAAAGAGUCAGUUUUGCAAAGAGCAUCGCCUCUGGCAUGGCUUACCUUCAUUCAAUGAGCAUCAUCCACAGAGAUCUCAACUCUCACAACUGCCUGGUUAAACUGGACAACACUGUGGUGGUUGCUGAUUUCGGUCUGUCCCGGCUCAUCGUAGAGGAGAAAGUUAAACCUCCUCCAGAGAAACCUUCAACCAAGAAGAGGGUGUUGAGGCGCAUUGACCGGAAGAAGCGGUAUACUGUUGUUGGGAACCCUUACUGGAUGGCUCCAGAAAUGCUAAAUGGUAAACGCUACGACGAAAAGGUGGAUAUUUUCUCAUUUGGAAUCGUUCUUUGUGAGAUUAUUGGAAAAGUGUACGCAGACCCUGAGUGCCUCCCCAGGACGCUGGACUUUGGCCUGAAUGUUGGCAAGUUUGUGGAGAAGUUUCUCCCUGAAGACUGUCCUCCAGCUUUCUUUCCCCUGGCUGUGGCCUGCUGUGACCUCACACCAGACAACCGUCCAUCUUUCCAGAAGCUGGAAGACUGGUUUGAUGCCCUCUCGCUUUACCUGGAACUGAGAAUCCCUCUGCCAGCUGAACUGGACGAACUCCAUCAGAAUCUGAGUCAACUCUACUGGCCUAAGGAUCCGGUCCAGAGCUCAGAGGAGCCAGCCACCCCAACAGCAGCCUCUCCAGACUGCACCAGCAUGACGGACAAUGGCACCUAGGAUUUGUGCCUUUUUGACAUGUAACUCACUCAUUCACUCUCUGUGACGCCUCUUAACUACUGCACUAAUUCUGUGGUGGUGGGGGGGGGGGAAAUAGGUGGAAAUGGUGUUGAAACCAAGCCAAGUUAGAACUGGAUAACCUGAGAUAGCUGGACCGGUUGUCCUGUUUUUUGGAACAUAACUCUGAGUGCCAGUGAACUGCAGUGAAAAUGAAGAGACACAUUUCAAAUUCCUAGCUUUUCGUUGCUUAUUUUUGUUACUGUGUGUCUCCAUUUAACAACACAGAGCAGUAAUUAAUUUUAAAGUUCACUUAAUUGUAGCAACAUAGGGGGAGAUCUGUCCCUGUGAACAGAGACCUUUUUUAGGCAUUUUUUGUCUUUUUGUGACAGUAGUUUUGUUUUUCUGGCUCUGAUGGUGCUCAGUGUGUUGGGAACAUAAAUCCAUUCCACGCCUUAAAGAGGGAGUUGCCCAACCUCAGCAAAACAAAACAAAGUUCUUUUGACAGUCAAAUCACAGUGCAGGUGAGGAUUGUUGGCACAUGUGUGUACAAAUGUACUCUAGCAAAUGUGUACAAGUAGAGAGAAAAAGGAAAGUAGCUCAGGCAGUGUGGAAUAAUUUUCGGAAAGACUUCUCAAGACAUAAUUUCAACUGGAAACUAAUGAGUCAAAUUAGAAAAUUUUAGAUUUUUUUUAAAGUCUGCCCCUGAGAGUAAAGUUUUAUUGAAUAGACAUAAAACAACUAUUAUCUCACAAAAUUGUGAGAGGUGGAGUGCUGUGGUGGCGCAGGGGCAAAUCACGACCCACUUAUGGAGGCCUUAGUCCUCUUGGCGGUGGUUGCAGGUUCGAUUCCGGGCCUGGUGACAUUUGCCACAUGUCUACCCCCUCCCUCAUUACCCUCUGUCCUUUUGAACUACUUUCAAAUAAAGGCCACUAGAGCCAACAAAACCUUUAAAAAAUGGUGAGAGGUGAAACAUUGCCCACAGAAAGACACUUAUUAAUGUCUGAAAGGUGGUUGAUGUAACUUAGUCUGAGUUUCUUCACUUAGGCUAAAUGUAGAGGGGAAUCUGGGAUUAAAAAAGUCCACAUUUCAACAGACUUUUCUGGGUUAAAUAAAGACAAAGACUUACUACACUCAAAUAGCCAUAAAAA